CUGAGACUACUCAUCAAGUGGGUUUUUUCCUUUACAGUAACCUGAAAUUAUCCUAAAUUUUCUAAAUUUUCACUGUUUAAAUGCCACUAUUUUCAAACUUUUUAUCAGUUAAUAUUUUUUAUGUUUGAAAAAAUGUAGUGUUAUUUUUGAAUGUUGUAUGUGUACUUAGUUUUCUUUGCCCUUGAUUGAUUCACAAAUGUAUGCUAUAAUUUUCAUAAUAUUCAUUAGCGUAUCAAUUAAUGAACACAUUAAUCAAUUAAUGAACACAUCUUUAAAUACUAGAAAUUUACGAUGGCCCUGAAGGCUCACAUUGUGCGCGGUGUUCUUCGUUCUGUGCAAGCUCUUCUUAGCACAUUGCGCGGUGUUCAACGACCUAAUGCGCUCUUCUUGGCUUACUUCGCGCUGUUCUCCAUAUAAAAUUUCGAGAGUUGUUCUUCUGAACCUGACUUUUUAUAAGUAGACUGGGGCAGAGUUAUGAAGCCAGCGGGUCAGUAGUUUAUAUUAACUUUUUAUCUUAUAAAGGAAUACUUUUAUUUCUAGCGCUUCUUUUAGUUUAGACAUGAUGGAGGAACUAAUCGAGUCGUACUUUUUAGAUGGAUAUACAAAUGUUGAAAUUUUGGGUUUCUUAGCCAUUCAACACAAUAUUUACAUAAGUGUAUCAACACUUAAAAGAAGACUGAAGGAAAAAAAAUUACGUAGGCGUAUCUCAAAACAGAACGAAGACAGAGCUGCAAUAGAAGCAGAGGUAGCAAGACAGCUUUUUGGCAGCGGCAGUAAUUUGGGAUACAGAAAGAUGUGGAGUAUCUUGAAAAAAAUUAGUAUUGCUGUUAACCGUAACACAGUUAUGGAAAUUGUCAGGGAAUUGGACCCAGAAGGAGUGUCAACAAGGAAGAAGAAAAGACUUCGCCGACGAAUAUACUCAGUACCUGGUCCAGACUUUCUGUGGCACAUCGAUGGCUAUGAUAAGUUGAAGCCAUAUGGAUUUUCGAUACACGGGUGCAUUGACGGAUUUUCCCGCAAAAUAAUUUGGAUGAAAGUUUCUCCAAGCAACAAAGAUCCAAACAUAAUUGCAGCCUACUUUCUCUCGGCAGUUAAGGAAAACGCAGCGGUGCCUACUAAAAUCAAGUCAGAUGAUGGCACUGAAAACAGUUUGAUCGAGCCUAUACAAAUAACACUGAGGGCCGAACAUGAUGACGAAUUUGCAGGCCUUGCAAGUUAUGCUAUUGGUACAUCUCCAUCCAAUCAACGCAUAGAAAGUUUAUGGUCUCAAUUUACAAAAGACCGUCCAAUGUGGUGGAGACAAUUUUUCUCUGAACUUUCAUCGUUUGGUUUUGUAAAUAGCUCAAGCUAUGUUGUGAAAGAAUGCCUGCGAUUUUGUUUCAUGCACAUACUAAGAAAAUAACUGGAUGAAUUUAAAGAGCGUUGGAAUCGACAUCUUAUUGCAAAGUCUAAAGGUGCAUCACUACCUACUGGUAGACCAAAUUCAUUGUAUCAUCUACCACAAUUGUAUGGGACCAAGUCGUAUAAAAUGUCGGUCGAUUUGGCAGAUGUGGAGGAGUUCGACAAUCCUAAUUUUGCUCAAAAUAGACCAGACAAUUGCGAAGAGUUUUGUGAGUUUGCGGACGCUGUUUUGCAAAUAAGGGGCUUGUCGAGAGAAAGACCUUCAAGUGUAAAUCAAGCCUUG